AAAGGAGGGUACAGACAGAGGAGGGAAAAAAAAAUUAAAAGCCAACAGGUUGAUCUGGAUUACAUCAACGGUUACACCCUCCUCCGUUUAAUGAACAUAGGAGAACAGGUGCUUGUAAUUCAUUAGCCAGCCCACGAGCUGAGGAGACAGGAAUUAAGCCGACCAAACUGCUCAGUGUGCCACUACUCUCCUUCCCUUUGAGGCAGCAGCAGCAGCAAGAAAACUUCAUCUUUUUUUUUUUUUCCUUCUCCUUCCCCUUUCCCUCCCCUACCCUCGAGCUGCAGAGCCACAAGCUGAGCAUGACUAACCCUUGCAAAGCCUUCACCAGUGGCUCCCUCUCCUCUUGGGAGGUGUCAGGGCAGAUGAGCAGAGGAAAAGCAGCCAGCACGUCCCCGGAUCGCCCGGGCCGCUGCAGUCCCAACGGGGUGGCCGGCAACGGCUACAGCUCGCUCAGCCUCCACGGGGAUGGUGGAUACCGCUGCUCCUCUUACCCCUCCUUCCCCACCGAUGGGAGACUCCUGGCCCCCGUGAACCUCGGUAUCGACCCAGACUUCCAAGCCGUACGGCAGCAGGAGAAAGAGGACAUCAAGUCGCUCAACAACCAGUUCGUGACCCUAAUUGAGAAGGUCCAGUGCUUGGAGCAACAGAAUAAGAUCCUGACAACAAGGUGGAACUUCCUGAAGGAUCAAGACAAUUCCCACUCCGAGUCAGACAUUAAGGCCAUCUACGAUCAGUACAUGACCAAAAUGAAUCAAGAGAUGAAGGCGCUCAACUACGAACAGGAGAAUCUCGAGUCGGAGCUGACAAAGGUCCUGAGCACCAUGGAUAACUUCCGAAGCAAAUACGAGGAUGAAAUUCGUCUCUGUAGUGGCAUGGAAUACACCUUCAUGGAGCUCAAAAAGGACUUAGAUGUGAGCUCCUUACACAGAACUGAGCUGGAGGUAAAACUCAAGGGGCUCCAAGAGCUAAUGGAUUUGAAAAAAACCAUCUACGAGCAGGAACUCGAGGAGCUGCUGACAGACAUUAAGGACAUUUCUGUUGUACUGGGAAUUGACAAUGCAUGCAAACUGGAUCUGAGCAGAAUUGUGGAAGAAGUGAGGGCCCAGUAUGAAGCACUGGCUCUUCGGAGCUGGGAGGAGGCUGAAGCACUCACCAGGAGAAAGCUGAAUGAAGGAAGCACCCAGUCAGGCACCUAUGGGGGUCACCUCCUUGACAGCCGGCGGGAGAUCGCAGACCUGAACAUACAGAUCCAGAAGCUGAGGUCCUGCAUUGUGUCCCAAAAGAGCCAGUGCCUGCACUUAGAGGAGCAUAUCAAAGAAGCCGGAGAGCACGGCGAGGUGGCUCUCAAGGAUGCCAAAGCCAAACUGGUCAAGCUAGAGGAAGCCCUACAGAAAAGCAAGGAGGAUAUGGCUCAUCUGGUGAAAGAGUAUCAGGAGCUGAUGAACGUCAAGCUGGCACUGGAUGUGGAGAUCCUCACUUACAGGAAGCUGAUGGAAGGGGAGGAAAGCAGCAUGGAGCAACCAAUACCCACAGUCGUCAGCACCGUCCACUCCAGACCAAAGCACCUUUCUGCCAGCACCUUGAGAAACUCCAAGCUGUUUGCAAGAGGAACAGUCAGCACGAAUGGUGAGAUGAAGCCAAACGGAGGCAGCACAAAGAUGCUGUCCUCUAGAAGCCAGAGUGACAGCUCAGCGACACCCGAAGCAGCUGCCUUCAUCAGCAGUGCCCGGCCAAAGCUCGGUUCCCUGCCCACCGAAGAAUGCUCCUAAGAGAAAUGGAGCCCCACAGCAUAAACACAAGACCCGUUGGCACCUGUAGCCAAAUGAGGCCAAAGCACUUUCUCCUGAACUCAAGCCAACGUCCAAGGACAAACGACGAGAAUCCACUCCAGGCUGUCUCUUUUGUCUUUAUAGCAUCCCGGUUAACACCUCUGUUACCAGUUACAGGCAGAAACCAACCCAGGAUUUUAGACUCUCCCACUCAGAUAUGCACACCAACAUCAACCUCUCUAGGUCUGCUUUCCCAGAGGAUUUCCAUUCACAGCCUUUGAGAUCUACCUAUAGGAAAUCUGGCAGGAGGGGAAAUUAUUACACAAGCUUUUAACGCAGCAGCCAGAAGCCCUCAGCCCAGGCAUUUUGCCAGUAUUACAAAAUCAUUCUCCCUGCUCUGUCCCUGCUCUGUGUGUGCCUGUGAGAGGUGUUCCCUGAUGUCGCUGUCGGAGGAAGGCUGGCGGGGAGAUGCAGGUAAACAACCUCAGCCAGCUGCAUUUGCAACACCUGGAUUUGCAUGUCUGGUGACAAACAUGCUGGCUGUACUGGGGGAGCUGUGGCCACUUCAGAGUAUUUAACUGAUUUUAGUGCCUUUUGGGUGGCCCCGCAUUCCUUCCCAUGCCACCAAAGCUGAAACUUCUCAAAACGUGUAUUUUCGUAAGCCAUCUCUCUAACAGAGAGCAUCUCUGCCUGCCUCAGGGCACUCCAGGCUCCACACUAGCACUGUGGUGCUCGGUCCUAGAAAUGGGAUAUCGGUUCCCAUUUCAGUACGAGGAGCAGGACUUGUCUUUGUAUUUAUUGAACUUACACAGCAGCUUUUACCUUACCUGGCUGAUACCAGCCAGUGCACACCAGUCACAUCACACCAAGACCACUAAAGCCGACUCUGUAGAUGCCAUGUCCCCCUGCAAGCAAGGUGGGGGGGAUGUUCUGGCCUCAACACAGGCAUUUCUGUGGCCCUCUUGCACAGACUAACAUAGACAGUGCCCUGCAGUAUUCUCCUUUACAAGGCCAGGCUCUGGCCUUUCACUGCCAUGCAGCCCCACUUGAGUUCCCAGAUUUUGAGUUCACGGGAGGAGUUGUUAAUAGUCUCUUGCCAUAUUUCCAUAGAGCGCGUUGCAGUAUUUCCACAGUUCUGUAGGAUAGACAACUACCGUAGCAUCUCUCUAACCAGAACACUGGCUCUCCGGGGUUAGGGCUGUUAUAAUAAAGCACUGUGUCACACAGACUGCACCGUA